GAGUCAAACAUCUAAGUUCCGGAUAAGAAAAGACUAGUACACGAGAAAAAUAUUUAUUUAUUCGUCACAAAAGUAUACAACGUAGUCAAUGAUCAAUACAUAAUAGAAGUGUUUCUUACUUACCUAUGAAGAACUAAGAAAAUAAUGAAAAAAAAACCAACAAUUGUAUUUAUAUACCUUGGAAACAGUGGAAAAUUAUCCCACCAACUAGAUGAUACUAUGGUUGAAAAUUCCCACCCCAUAGCGAUGAAUAUACAAACACAGAAAGAGAGGAGAAUAAUUUGUUAUUCCGAUGACACAUGGGAAAAUACGUUUUUUUUAUUGAUUGAAUAUCAUCUACGUAUAGGAUAUCACAUCGGGAAAAUUAAAUAUAAAAUAACCUCAAUGAUACUAUAUUUUCAAGUAAUAUUGAGAAAAUAAGCUAAAAUCUGUUUUUCAAUCAGUUUCGUGUAUUGAUCAAUUGAAAAUAUAUUCUAUGAAUCUAAUGAUAAAUCAAUAUUGAAUCAUAUUCGAUAAUAAAUAUCUUACAAUGGAAGGAUUUGUACUGAUGGUCUAAGAGGCUGGCCAUGUUCGGAUCAAAUGAUUAUCCUCAUCGAGAAACUAAUGAAUUUAAAAUAUGACGCGUCCAUAGCGAGUAUAAGCUGAGAUAUUGGAUUUUUCAGUGAAUUUUCUCUAUAGGACUGUACAUUCUCAGCAAAAUCAUAUUCUCGAAUUUCGAUCUGAAAAUUUGUGUGUAUGAAGGCCUCAAUGAGACUAGUUUACAAAAAAUAUUUCAGAAGUUCUGAAUGAACUCUCCGAGAUAUUAAUUUUCCAAAAUAUGAGUGCUUGUCUCUAGAAUUUGCGUACUUUUGAAAAUUCAUAUAUCAGAGACAGUUCGUCUAAAACUUGUGAAUUUUUUUUCUGUAAGCCAGUCUCAUUGAGGCCUUCAUACGUACAAAGUCUCAGAUUGAAAUUCGAAAAUAUGAUUUUUCUGAGAAAGUACAGUCCUACAGAGAAAAUUCACUGAAAAAUCCAAUAUCUCAGCUCGUGCUCACUAUGAGCACAUCAUAUUUUAAGUUUAUAAGUUUCUGGAUGAGAUUGAUCAUUAGUGUUCUGCAAAGCGGCUGGAUACCCGGGACCCGAUCCGGUAAUUAGUGACAUCCCAAAAAUUUUAAAAUAUUCUUCUUUCUGUUUGCUUUGAGUGUCAUUUAUCAUAGAGACAAAGAAAGUUGAAACCGAUUCGAUCAUUAUUAAGCGACUUAUUAUGUGUUAGAAUAAGUUACGUAACUAUAAAAUGAUAUUAUUUUAAUUGUUUUUAUAUUCAAGAUAAUAAUAACUGCAUUUUAACCGAUUUUGAAAUUAUCUAUUUUCAACAUGACUACUCCUAAAAGAGAAGACGAAAAAGAAAACAUUAAAAAAAAUAGAACAAGGUGUUUUUCAAAGAUGUUCAUAACCAAUAUCAGAAGUAGCCUCUUAGUGGAGCACUUUUAUUCGAAUAAAAGAUGAUGAAGAAAAUAUAAUACCAUAUGUACAAUGUAUUAAAUGUUUAUCUAUUUUAUCGUAUGAUUCAAAUAAAACUGGAUCCAGUACUCAUAAAUAGCACGCUCAAACAUGUCUUGGUGGUGGUGUUCCUAGUACAAGCAGAAAUCAAGAUAUUAGUGCUGUGUUUAGUAGAGAUAGUCACAUUUUAAAUGAUGCGAAAAGUGCAUUUUCUGAAGCAUGUGCUAAGUAUUGUGCAUAUGAUUUGCAUCCUUUCGAAUCGAUUAAUGGUCGUGGUUUUGAAAUCUUGUGUCAAUCAUUAUUAGAUCUCGCGCGUCAAAGUCCUCAUCCAAUUGCAGCAACUGACAUUAUUCCUGAUCCAACAACAGUAUCAUGA